GUAUAAAAGACCCCUGAUCUAAAUCGAAGAGCAUUGCAAUCCGAAAAUGAAGAUUGCGGUGGUUUUUGCGGCGAUUUUCGCCGUUUCUUUUGCGAUACCGACCCCCACUAACGUUAUUCCUAAAAAAUACAAAAUUGAUGAUAACACUUUCUUGGUUAAAACCGAACAAAUCCAAAGAUUAUUUAGGUAUGUAAACCAACCGACUUAUUACAAGGAUUUCGUCGACACCGCCACCACCUAUCAACCAUGGACUCACCCGGAAUCGUAUACUGAUAAGAAAUACGUCGAAGAUUUCUUCCAUUAUUACGACAACGAUAUUCUUCCACGCGGUUCGAUCUUUUCAAUUUUUUACCAAGAACAUUUAAAACCAGCCGUAGCACUUUUCAAACUUUUCUACUACGCUAAAGACUACCAAACGUUCUUUAACACCGCCGUUUGGGCCCGUCAACAUGUCAACGAAGGAAUGUUUUUGUAUUCAUUCACCGUUGCUGUCACCCACAGACAAGAUACUUUCGGAGUUAUCAUCCCCCCGAUUUACGAAACUUACCCGUAUUAUUUCUUUAACACGGAAACGAUCACUGAAGCCCAAACUUACAAACAACUUUACGAUGGUGUAUAUCCUAAAUCAACGGUGGAUAAUUUUGUUGGUUACACGAUUGAAUCGAAUUAUUCCGGAUGGUACAUGAAUUUACAUCCCGAACAAUCUUUGAGUUAUUUCACGGAAGAUGUUGGUUUAAAUUCAUUCUAUUAUUAUUAUCAUAUCAAUUAUCCGUUUUGGAUGGAUGGAGAUGAAUUUAAUUUGAAGAAAGAUAAUCGUGGGGAAAUUUUUUAUUUCAUACAUCAACAACUUUUAGCUAGAUAUUAUUUAGAACGUUUAUCGAAUGGUUUUGGAGAAAUUGAGAAGUUACAUUACGAUGACAUAAUUAAAACUGGAUAUUACCCAUCUUUGCAUUAUCCAAAUGGAUUAGAUUUCCCUUCAAGACCUAAUUACAUCAACAUUGGAGAACAUUGGCAAUAUAACCAUCCUUAUUACAACAAUUUUACAAACGCACACACUUACGUUUAUGAUUAUGCUAGACGUAUUAGAGAUGCCAUCGAUAUUGGAUUUGUUUACACCAAAGAUGGAACUAAAGUUUCUUUAAAUACCGAUGAUGGCGUUGCAAUUUUAGCCAACAUGUUAGAAGGAAACCCAGAUUCACCAAACAUCGAUUUCUAUGGAGUCCUCCAAAUGUACGCACGUCAUCUUUUAGGAUACACCUACACCCCACUUCAUAAAUACAAAGUCGUUCCAGCUGCUUUAGAGCACUACGAAACAUCAUUGAGAGACCCAGUUUUUUGGCAAUUCUACAAAUGGGUAAUCGGAUUCGUCUACGAAUAUAAAAGCCAUUUACCGUAUUACAGCAAAAAGGAACUUUUAACUGAAGGCGUUGAAGUCGAUAGUUUCAAAGUUGAUCGUCUUAUCACCUACUUCGACGAUUUCUACGCUAACAUUGGCCAAGGUGUUAUCGCUAAAGAAUCCGAAUUAACCGGAGAACCAUUCUCUGUCCGUGUGAAACAACACCGUUUAAAUCACAAACCUUUCAGCUAUCACAUUGGGGUUACUUCAAAGAAACCAGUCGAGGUUAUUGGUAAAGUUUUCAUCGGACCGAAAUACGACGAAUAUAAUCGCGAAAUUGAACUCGACGAGAAUCGCGUUAAUUUCGUUUUAAUCGAUAAAUUCACCUACACUUUGAAACAAGGUCAUAAUAUGAUUGAACGUUCAUCGAAAACGAAUUAUUUCGUGCCGGACAGAACCACUUAUUUAGAUGUUUACAAACGCCUUUUAACCUCGAUUAAAAACCACGAAGAGUUCGUUAUUGAUGGUAGUGAAGCUUUCUGGGGAUUCCCCAACAGGUUGUUGCUUCCAAAGGGUACCGUAACCGGUCAAAAAUACCAGUUCUACGUCAUCUUUUAUGAAUACCAUCCAAAUGGCGUCGUUCACCAAGAACUCGGCUACCCAAGAGUUGGAAGCGGAGUUUGGGAUGUUGAUCAUAAAUCGUUUGGGUAUCCAUUCGAUAGAACGAUUGAUUACCAUAACUUUGUUGUUCCCAACUCGUAUUUCAAGGAGGUCGUUAUUUUCCAUAAGGAUGUUAAAGAUUUAAACACCACCAAUUAAUUUUUCAUUGUUGUUUGAUUAUGUAUUUACGAUUUUAAUAAAAUUAACUUUCAAAGCAUA